GGGUAUUGCGCGGUAUGCUAAAAGCUCAAUGUCGUCGCCAUCUUGGCAUUUUGAGCACCCUUCACGACCUUCACGACGAUUCUCCUCCUCUUUCUGGCCAUUUGGCGCAAGAAUUUGAAUGAUCACAUCUGCAAUUGGUUGACUCUUCUUUAUGCAUAUACGCUUUAUGGACGAUCUAUGUAAAAUUUAUGCGAACAGGCCCUAAUAAAAACAGAUAAAGUUUAUGUGCACGAUUGUCAGCUAACUUUAGAAACGUUGUGGGUUGUGGGUGACCGCAUCUAUUCACGUGGCACGUGGGAAACUUCAAACUAUUAAACAAAAGCAUAUGCUUGACCUUGAUCGACACUUUCAAUUGUCGACACGAUGUCGAGUCCGGAGAUUGACUUUAACGAAAAGGUCGUCCAUGAGUCAUCCUCACCGAUGGAACUUUACGUGUCGAAGAUCUUAUGCGUGGGACGCAUCUGCCUUGAUAUUGUUCAAACGUGCGAGCAGUUUCCUGCGGAGGAUUCUACUCAAAGAUCUAUUGACUAUAGAUGGCAAAGAGGGGGUAAUGCAUCAAACACUUGUACUGUACUAUCGUUGCUAGGACAGUCAUGCGAAUUUCUGGCUUGUUUAAGUGCAGAUGAGCAUGUCAAUUUUAUGCAAAAUGAUCUGCGUAAAUAUAAAAUUGACUAUUCGCACUGUCCUAUGAUAAAAGGCACUGGCUGUCCUACUGCAACUAUUAUAUUGAGUUUAAAUACUGGAACUCGUACAAUUGUGUAUCACAAUCAAAAUUUACCAGAAUUGACAGUAAAGAACUUUGAACAACUAAAUUUAGCAGAAUACAGCUGGGUUCAUUUUGAAGGAAGAAAUAUAGAUGAAAUGUUGCUUAUGAUACAAUGUAUAGAAAAAUAUAAUAACUCUUUAAAUGGUACAAAUAAUCACGAUAAGAAAUGUAUGCCAAUUACGAUUAGUGUGGAACUAGAAAGUCCUAGAUCAGGUCCAAGAUUAUUAGAUUUGUUGUCAUAUACUGACGUAGCAUUUAUAGCAAAAGAUUUUGCUAAGAACCAGGGUUUUAACGAUAUGAAGGAGGUAAUCCAUAGCAUUGGCCAAGAUGCCAGACUUAGAGGAGCUAUUAUUUGUGCUUGGGCAGAAGAAGGUGCAAUUGCUCGUACUCCUUGUGGUGCGAUAGUACAGUCUCCUGCUUUUCCACCACACAAGGUGAUCGAUACUUUAGGGGCAGGUGACACAUUUAAUGCAGCUGUUCUAUAUUACUUAAAUAAGAGUAAAUUAGAAUUUAUGCAUAAAUAUAAAGACGAGGAAGCGAAUGAUACUAAUAAAUUGGGGGAUGACACUAUUGAUAAUAGCACGAUAAUUAGACGAGAUAUUAAACAAAAAAAUCUUCAUAUAGAAAAUUUGGAAUGUAAUCGAACAAAAUUUAUUGAUGAAAUGGUUUUACAAAGAGCUAUCAAAUUUGCAUGUUAUAUAGCUGGUGCAAAAGUCGGUUUAAAAGGCUUUGAUCGUCUUGAUAAAACUUUUAAUCAUAUCUUACAAUCCGAUUUUUCAAUACAUUAGUGCAGAAGAUAUAUUCAUAUAUAUUGUAUAUUUGUUUAUUAUUAUUGUGGAUUUAUAUAAAUACAAUAUAAUUUGCAUUUUAUAUGUUUAUGUAAAAUAAAAUUUAAAUUAAAAAAAUU